AUGGCAUUCUGUCUGGUCCUGCGCAUGGCGCUGCUGCUGCUCUCCGGGGUCCUGGCCCCAGCAGUGCUCACAGCCGAGGGUCCGCAGGAGCCCGCGCCCACCCUGUGGAACGAGCCAGCCGAGCUGCCGUCGGGAGAGGGCCCCGUGGAGAGCACCAGCCCCGCCCGGGAGCCCGCGGCCACCGGGCCCCUGGUCCUCACCGCCGCGCCGGGCCCCGAGGACAGCACGGCGCGGGAGCCGCUGGACCCGGGCAGCGGCUCGCUGGGGCCCGGCGCCAUCGCCGCCAUCGUCAUCGCCGCCCUGCUGGCCACCUGCGUGGUGCUGGCGCUCGUCGUCGUCGCGCUGAGAAAGUUUUCCGCCUCCUGA